AUGUUGUUAUUGAAGCAAACCUGUUUGUGUACAUUAGUCAUUGCACUAGCAUAUUGUCUUCCUGCCAAAUGCCAAGAUACACUUACCAUAACGGUAGCAGAACAAGUACCGUUUUAUGUAUUAAGAACACUGGUUUCUACUGGAGAUCCAUAUGAAAAAGGAAUGAGCAUUCCGGGCUUAGGUCUGGACAGGAAUAUUGUAAAAUGGGCCAUCGACCAAAAAUUCAUUCCUAAAAAUGUGACGCGAGAGAUCAAUAGAAACGGUCGCGGCAGAUCUCGUCGUCGACGUCCAUGCUCCACAAUGGAAGAGUUAGCAGAAUUUAUUCAAGCCGGCAUGUGUAAUGAACCAGUAUUCGCCGAAAAUGACGCUCCUGGAAAUGCAGACCAAGCCACAGCAGAGGUUGCCAAUUCAGGAAUGGUCGUUGCAGAUGGAAAUGUGCAGUCUGUUUCUGACGCUGCGAAUCCUCAGAAUGCUAAUGCUGACGCUGCGAAUCCUCAGACUGCUAAUGCUGAUGCUGCCAAUCCUCAGACUGCUAAUGCUGAUGCUGCCAAUCCUCAGACUGCUAAUGCUGAUGCUGCGAAUCCUCAGAAUGCUAAUGCUGACGCUGCGAAUACUCAGAAUGCUAAUGCUGACGCUGCGAAUACUCAGACUGCUAAUGCUGACGCUCCUAAUGGAAUGGUUGAAAAUACUGGUUCUGUAGGAACCGGUACAAUGGAAACAACACCCGUUCAGCCUGGUGUAGUUUACACAGAAAAUCAAGGUGGAAAUACACCCAAAGAUGGAUUCGUAAAAAUAGAGCCCACAAACGAGCCAGAUUACAGAAUUUUCGAUGAUUCGUACUAUGCAAGCAUUAGCCAAUUCACUUCUUGGACCAUAACUAAUUCUACAAAGACAAAAACCGCCACCAGCACCAACAGCACCAAAACCACUUCGACUGAUGGGGAAAUCGACUCCAUGGAUUCGUCAUAUUUUAGCCACUCCUUUGCGGUCGUUUCGUUCGUUGGGUCUCUAUUUCUUUAUGCGAUAAUCGGAGUUUAA